UGGGUCCCUGUGCACACGUCUGCCGCUUAUACCUCCUCUUCCUCUCAUCUCGCCAGAAAAACUUAAAGGGAAAAUGCCUUUCUUGUGACAAAUCCCUGUGUCCCUCCGCUCCCAGGUCGCUUAGGGCAUGGAGCUGGAGAACUAUGAACAGCCUGUGGUGCUGAGAGAGGACAACCGCCGCAGGCGCCGGAGGAUGAAGCCGCGCAGCGCUGCGGCCAGCCUGUCCCCCAUGGAGCUCAUCCCCAUCGAGUUCGUGCUGCCCACCAGCCAGCGCAGCUGCAAGAGCCCCGAAACCGCGCUGCUGCACGUGGCGGGCCACGGCAACGUGGAGCAGAUGAAGGCCCAGGUGUGGCUGCGCGCGCUGGAGACCAGCGUGGCGGCGGACUUCUACCACCGGCUGGGCCCGGACCACUUCCUCCUGCUCUACCAGAAGAAGGGGCAGUGGUACGAGAUCUACGACAAGUACCAGGUGGUGCAGACUCUGGACUGCCUGCGCUACUGGAAGGCCAUGCACCGGAGCCCGGGCCAGAUCCACCUGGUGCAGCGGCGUGCGCCCUCCGAGGAGUCGCAGGCCUUCCAGCGGCAGCUCACCGCGCUGAUUGGCUAUGACGUCACCGACGUCAGCAACGUGCACGACGACGAGCUGGAGUUCACGCGCCGCGGCCUGGUGACCCCGCGCAUGGCGGAGGUGGCCAGCCGCGACCCCAGGCUCUACGCCAUGCACCCCUGGGUGACGUCCAAGCCCCUCCCGGAGUACCUGUGGAAGAAGAUUGCCAACAACUGCAUCUUCAUCGUCAUUCACCGCAGCACCACCAGCCAGACCAUCAAGGUAUCGGCCGACGACACCCCCGGCACCAUCCUGCAGAGCUUCUUCACCAAGAUGGCCAAGAAGAAAUAUCUGAUGGAUAUCCCCGAAAGCCAAAGCGAACGGGAUUUUGUGCUGCGCGUCUGUGGCCGCGAUGAGUACCUGGUGGGCGAAACGCCCAUCAAAAACUUCCAGUGGGUGAGGCACUGCCUCAAGAACGGAGAAGAGAUUCACCUGGUGCUGGACACGCCUCCGGAUCCGGCCCUAGACGAGGUGAGGAAGGAAGAGUGGCCGCUGGUGGACGACUGCACGGGAGUCACCGGCUACCAUGAGCAGCUGACCAUCCACGGCAAGGACCAUGAGAGUGUGUUCACUGUGUCCCUGUGGGACUGUGACCGCAAGUUCAGGGUGAAGAUUAGAGGCAUUGAUAUCCCGGUCCUGCCGCGGAACACCGACCUCACGGUUUUUGUAGAGGCAAACAUCCAACAUGGACAGCAAGUGCUUUGCCAAAGGAGAACCAGCCCCAAACCCUUCACAGAGGAGGUGCUCUGGAAUGUGUGGCUUGAGUUCAGUAUCAAAAUCAAAGACUUGCCCAAAGGCGCUCUACUGAACCUCCAGAUCUACUGCGGCAAAGCUCCAGCACUGUCCAGCAAGGCCCCUGCGGAGUCCCCCAGUUCUGAGUCCAAGGGCAAAGCUCAGCUUCUCUAUUAUGUGAACCUGCUGCUAAUAGACCACCGGUUCCUCCUGCGCCGUGGAGAAUACGUCCUCCACAUGUGGCAGAUAUCCGGGAAGGGAGAAGACCAAGGAAGCUUCAAUGCUGACAAACUCACAUCUGCAACCAACCCAGACAAGGAGAACUCAAUGUCCAUCUCCAUUCUUCUGGAUAAUUACUGCUACCCAAUAGCCCUGCCUAAGCAUCAGCCCACCCCUGACCCGGAAGGUGACCGGGUUCGAGCAGAAAUGCCCAACCAGCUUCGCAAGCAAUUGGAGGCAAUCAUAGCCACUGAUCCACUUAACCCUCUCACAGCAGAGGACAAAGAAUUGCUCUGGCACUUUAGAUAUGAAAGCCUUAAGCACCCAAAAGCAUAUCCUAAGCUAUUUAGCUCAGUGAAAUGGGGACAGCAAGAAAUUGUGGCCAAAACAUACCAAUUGUUGGCCAGAAGGGAAGUCUGGGAUCAAAGUGCUUUGGAUGUUGGCUUAACAAUGCAACUCCUGGACUGCAAUUUCUCAGAUGAAAAUGUAAGAGCCAUUGCAGUUCAGAAACUGGAGAGUCUGGAGGACGAUGAUGUUCUGCAUUACCUUCUACAGCUGGUCCAGGCUGUGAAAUUUGAACCAUACCAUGAUAGUGCUCUUGCCAGAUUUCUGCUGAAGCGUGGUUUAAGAAACAAAAGAAUCGGUCACUUUUUGUUUUGGUUCUUGAGAAGUGAGAUAGCCCAGUCCAGACACUAUCAGCAGAGAUUUGCCGUGAUCCUGGAAGCCUACCUGAGGGGCUGUGGUACAGCCAUGCUUCAUGACUUUACCCAACAAGUUCAAGUAAUUGAGACGUUACAAAAAGUCACCCUUGAUAUUAAAUCGCUCUCUGCUGAAAAAUAUGACGUCAGUUCCCAAGUUAUUGCACAACUUAAACAAAAGCUUGAAAACCUGCAGAAUUCUCAUCUCCCCAAAAGCUUUAGAGUUCCAUAUGAUCCUGGACUGAAAGCAGGAGCACUGGCAAUUCUGCGAAUCAUGGAGUCCAUUUGGGAGACUGAAUCUUUGGAUCUGUGCCUCCUGCCAUAUGGUUGCAUUUCAACUGGUGACAAAAUAGGAAUGAUCGAGAUUGUGAAAGACGCCACGACAAUUGCCAAAAUUCAGCAAAGCACGGUUGGCAACACGGGAGCGUUUAAAGAUGAAGUCCUGAAUCACUGGCUCAAAGAAAAAUCCCCUACUGAAGACAAGUUUCAGGCAGCGGUGGAGAGAUUUGUUUAUUCCUGUGCAGGCUAUUGUGUGGCCACCUUUGUUCUUGGAAUAGGUGACAGACACAAUGACAAUAUUAUGAUCACAGAGACAGGAAACCUAUUUCAUAUUGACUUCGGGCACAUUCUUGGGAAUUACAAAAGUUUCCUGGGCAUUAAUAAAGAGAGAGUACCAUUUGUGCUAACCCCUGACUUCCUCUUCGUGAUGGGAACUUCUGGAAAGAAGACAAGCCAACACUUCCAGAAAUUUCAGGACAUCUGUGUUAAGGCUUAUCUAGCCCUUCGUCAUCACACAAACCUACUGAUCAUCCUGUUCUCCAUGAUGCUGAUGACAGGAAUGCCCCAGUUAACAAGCAAAGAAGACAUUGAAUAUAUCCGGGAUGCUCUCACAGUGGGCAAAAAUGAGGAGGAUGCUAAAAAGUAUUUUCUUGAUCAGAUUGAAGUUUGCAGAGACAAAGGAUGGACUGUGCAAUUUAAUUGGUUUCUACAUCUUGUUCUUGGCAUCAAACAAGGAGAGAAACAUUCAGCCUAAUACUUUAGGCUAGAAUUAAAAACAAAUUCGUGUCCUAUGGUUUAAAUUAGCAUAUCAGUCAUCAAACUUGGAUUGAAAAUGCAGUAGACAUUGUGAAAGCUGGCAUUUCAGAAGUAUAGCUUUUUUCUUAGCUGAAGUCUUCCCUGGAGAAAAAAAUAAUAUUGGCAUUCCUGAUUGUUUGGUUAAGUAAUGUUCAGUACUAGGGUUAUUUGCAGGUUUGUUUUUCCUCAUUUGUCUGUGGCAUUGGAGAAUAUUCUCAGUUUAAACAGACUACUGACUUCCUUAUUGUCCCUGAUAUUUUUACUAUCUUACUGUCGAGUGCUCCUUGAAAUUCUUUGGAAUAAUUGGUGACAUCUAUUUUUAUCUGGGUUUACUCUCAAUUUUGGUUAUCUUUCUGUUCCUCAAGCUCUUUAAAGAGAAAGAUGUAAUCAUUGUAACCUUUAUUUCAUUCCUUAAAUGAUGCUUCCAAACAUCCCCUUAGUGUCUGCAGGUGUUAGUGGUGUGCUAAAAGCUAGGAAGGCAAGUUAGUCUUUUCAGUGUCUUUUGCAGUUAAAUUCUUUUGUUGUGUACACCUGAGACACACGAACAUAACGGGAAAUCUCAACUGUUGUGCCUUGACCUUACUCUGCUGGUCUGGUUCCAGGGUUAUGAAUAUGAAAAAAUAGAGAUGAGACCUUUUGUGUCAGUUCUGUCCACAAGAGUGAGUUAUCCCUUACAAUUAGUAUAGCUUUCUCCAGCAUGGCACCAGGCAGUAACUGCAGGGCCUCUUUUAUGCCUGUACAUUUCUUCCUUUCCUUUGUCCCUGCCUCCCUUUUUCAUCAAUUGUGAUGCUCCCAUAGCUCUUUACAGACUUGUGAAAUAUCCAAGAACAGCUUUACCCUAGAACUCAAAAAUUAGUUGAAAAAGAAUUACUUCUCAAGAAUUAUUAGAUUCUUAGGUACUUAAUUGUAAAGAUGUUUAGUGACUUUUUAAGAAGUGUCUUACUAAAGGAAGCAUUCUAGAAAAUAUGAAUUAGCUUCCAAAUGCCUUAAUUUUAAACUUUGGCCUUAACAGUUAUUUUUUUUAAUGGAAGAAGAUAUUUAAUAUCUUUAAAAUAUUCCAAGUUAGGAAGACACUAACUUGCCUUAUCUAUUUCCCAUUUAAAGGACUUUUAAACUUUGACACAUCCUUCAGAUUUCCUAAAAAUAAUUGAAAUAUCUUACUUUAAAAAUAUUUUCAUCUCUUAAAUGUCUUGUUAUUUAUUGAAGGUAUUGUUCAACCUUAGAGAGAGAGACCAUUAAAUUAUUUAUAAAAUACUUUGUAAUUAACUGUAGUUAAUACAUUACAUAGAAGAAACUAUGUUAGCAGUGUCUAUGUUUAAGUAUAAUUAGAUAUAAAUAUAUACCUAAUUUUUAAAUUUUCAAAAUAGAUACCUGUUUGACUCUGAGGUAGUCCAGAUUUUUUUAUUUUUAAAUGUAUGCAAAAUCUCAGUGGUUCCUAAGCCUGGCUGCAAAGAAGAAUCAACAGGGACACUUUUUAAAAACACCCUUAUCAGCUGGCGCAACACAGUGAGACCCCCAUCUCUUUAAAAAAAUUAUCCAGGUGUAGUGGUGUGUGCCUGUAGUCCCAGGUACUCAGGAGGCUGAGGCAGGAGGAUUACUUGAGCCCAGGAGGUUGAGGCUGCAGUGAGUCAUGAUCAUGCUCCUACACUCCAGCCUGGGUGAUAGAGUGAGACCCUGUCUCAAAAAAUAAAAAUAAAAACACCCUUCCCUGAGUUCCAUUCCCAGGUUAUAAUUUAACUACUGUGGGAUGAAGCCCAGAUGUCAAUAUUUUCUAGAUACUUUAGGUGAUUCUAAUUCACAGCCAGAGUUGGAAGCCCUGUGUGGCCUUUGAAGGUCUAGGCGACUCUUCUUCCUUGCCCUUUGAGCUUUUCCCUGUCUCACAGGUAUCUAGAAAAAAACUCCUCCUCUUUGGCAACCUGUCCUUUUAAAAUCACACUCUACCCACCUGUACAGAGGACCAUGCCCUAUCAUGAAAUGUUUAUUCCUCUCUGUAAAUGGAGGAUAGACAUUUUGUGGCACUUCUGGACCAACUAUUCCCUACCAUUCUUUUGAAGAAAGGCAGGAAGAGUGCUUUCUAAUUCAGAAGACAAUGUUUUCACUAUUCUGAUAAGCAAUAGCCAAGCUCAGACCUUGUACAGAUUCUUCUUUUUAUUUGAAUUGCUGAAAUAAGUUCUUGAUGAUGCAAAAAAUAGAUUAGAGAGGAAUAUAUUUAUAUUUAUCUUAAUGGCACCUGUAAUUACCUGUAGUUAAUCUCAGUGGUUCCUAAGCCUGGCUGCAAAGAAGAAUCAACUGGGACACUUUUUUAAAAAAAACACCCUUAUCAGCUGGGGCAACACAGUGAGACCAUCUCUUAAAAAAAUAAAAAAAAUAAAAAAUAAAAAUUAGCCAGAUGUAGUGCUGUGUGCCUGUAGUCCCAGG